UUACAAAUAAACGGUAUCUUAAUCUAAUAAUAAACCCUACUGUCUUUGUAAAACCCUUCUCCAAGACCCUCAUCCACCGAACACCUGAUCCCAAGUUUUUGGAAACAGUUUAUUUUUAUUUUUUUUUUGAGAUGGAUAUCGAUGGCAAGGAAGAUUCCAUCGAAGAGCUUAAGGGACUCCGAAUUACUCCCCUUGACGAUGACGACGAUGACGAUGAUGAAGAAAUUGCUGUAGAUGACGACGAAGACGACGAUGAAGAAGAAGAAGCUGUAAUUCUUGGGUUUGUAGAAAAGCCUCAACACAGUUGGUCAGUUCUCCGUCAACAGUUUCCAAGCAAAGCCGGAGGCGUCCCAGCAUGGUUGGAUGCAUAUAAUUUACCGUCAGGAAUGUCUUGUGUUUGUGAUAUAUGUGGACAACCCCUGCAAUUUGUACUUCAGGUUUAUGCUCCAUUAGUUGAAAAAGACUCGACCUUUCAUCGAACAUUAUUUGUAUUCAUGUGUUUAUCUAUGAAAUGUCUUCAACGAGAUCAACACGAACAAUGGAAGCGCCAUCCAGAGAAGCAAUCACGGAGUGUGAAGGUUUUCCGUUGCCAACUGCCUCGUGCUAAUACUUUUUAUUCAAAUGAACCCCCUAAAGGCAACGCAACUGACAAACCUUUAACCCCUGGAGCUCCACUUUGUAACUGGUGUGGCACCUGGAAAGGAGAUAAAUUCUGUAGUAGUUGCAAAAUAGCACGAUAUUGCUCACAAAAGCACCAGGCCAUGCACUGGCACUCAGGUCAUAAACUUGAAUGUCAACAAUUGAGACUUUCACCUCAGUCAUCUGACUGCAAUGCCUGUGAUGGUGGAAUUACUGAAAUUAGAGCGCAAAAAGUUGCUAGCAAGACUUUAUGGCCAGAGUAUGAGAUAAAAAAUGAGCAUGAAAGUGAUUAUGAUACAGAGAUGUCUGGAGAUGAUGGACAUACUAAUAAUUCAUUGGUAUCUAGGAACAGAAUCGAUGACUCAAUGAAGUCACUUAUGGACAAUUUUGAGGGAGAUGCUGACAAAAAGAGUUGGGCUUCCUUCCAAGAGCGGAUAGCAAAUUCCCCUGAACAAGUUUUGAGGUAUUGUAGGAGUGCUAGUUCUAAACCACUGUGGCCCAUGUCAGGUGGUCGCCCAUCUAAGGCUGAUAUUGCAAGAUGCAGCUACUGUGGUGGUCUCCUAUGUUUUGAAUUUCAGAUCUUGCCUCAGUUGCUUUAUUACUUUGGUGUGAAGGAUGAAGAUCAUUCUCUUGACUGGGCAACUAUCGUGGUGUAUACAUGUGAAGCCUCUUGUGAAGGAAUUGACUAUAGCUGCCUGUAUGGUUUGGGAUUGGAGUCCCAAGUGGCUUCAUCUAGCAGGGAACCCAUACUGCCUCAGAGUUGAGGCAUCACACCAAACUCGAAACUGUGGCCAAGCUUUAUUUUCCCAACUAAUACAUUGCUGGUACAGACAGAAUUAUAACUGCAAUUUUGAUCUUCGGUUGAUUGAAAGAUUAAUGGGUGAUUUUCAUGUCAGUAUGAAUAAAUCAGAGCACUUUCAUGUCAAUGUAAAGUGUCAUAAAUCAUCCUUAACAACUGUUGAAAAUAAAACUGUAUGGCGGACAAUAAAAUGUUCAUAUGGAAUCAUGAGGCAAGAAUGGUUAG